AUGGGCCGUACGAAGACGAAAACCAAACGAAAAGACACGCGUCGCAUAAGCACACCCGAUAUCUCGGCCGCAGCGUCGUCCAGGCCAAGUGCCGCAGCCCUCUUUGAAAAGGCCCAGUCGCUUGUCGAGCAAUGCGACUACGAGCUCGCCGCAAAGUUUCUCAAGAGAGUUAUUGAAACCGAUGGUUCUCACACCCAAGCCAAAGAGCUCUUCGGAGUUGUUUUACUAGAACUCGGAGAUUUGGAGAAUGCACAAGAGCUCUUCCAUAAUCUUAUUUCGUCCAAUUCUCCGCCAUCAGUCACGGCUUCGGCGCAUUUGCAUCUUGCCCAGCUUUGUGAGAAUCCUAGGGAAGCCCUGGAUCACUACCAAAAGGCAGUAGAUACAUUGUACAACUCUGAAAGCUCGCUAUUCGUCACCCAAGGCCAGUCAGAUGAUUUGCAAUCGAGGACGACCAUCGCAAAAGCAUUGGUGGCAAUGACAGAAAUCUGGCUUACAGAUCUAUGUAUGGAGCCCGAGGCAGAGCAGAAUUGUGAAUCCCUUCUCAAUCUCGCAAUACAAGCGGAUCCAGAAAACAUUGAAGUACUCCAAUCUCUCGCUUCUGUGCGAAUGUCUCAGCAGAAACCUGAAGACGCCAAGUCUCUCGUGGAAAAGUCGUGGUCUUUGUGGAAAGAGCUACCGGCUGGCAAGAGACACAGAUCAUUUUCCUCUCUUUAA